UUAUAGGCGCGGAACGGGCGCUGCGCAGACGGAGUGAGCGGGCGGUACCGGGGAUACCGGCGGCUGUAUCGCGACCCAUCCCCGCGGGACUGCUGAGAAAUCCCCCGCAGAGCCCCGAUCCACCAUUUCCGAGCGCCCCUUCGGCCGCCGCUGAGCUUUUGUUUCUGUUCGCGCAGCGCCUGAGCGCCCCCGCCCAGCUUUGUUCUUCUUGCGGCCCCUGCGGGGAAGGCGCGGCCAAGAUGGACCCUUGUCACACCGAGGAGACCGAGGGCGAGAUCCCCGGCUUGGGCUUCAGUGACCGAAGCGAGCAGAUUGUUUCACGUGGGGUAGCGUCAGCCUUUGAAGCUGGCUCGCCCGCUCGCUGCCGCCUGACCGGGACUAGGCUCUCUCCGGACAGUGGAUCAGGCUUGGAGCCCUAGAACCAGCGCGGAGCCCCACCAUGUCAACCACAGAAGCAGAGACAGAGCAGAGCCUCACCCCCAAUGUGAUGCUUAACACAGAGAGCAGCGAGGGAUACGUGGUGAAAGUCCGGGGGCUGCCUUGGUCUUGCUCCACCGAGGAGGUGCAGAGGUUCUUCUCCGAUUGCAAAAUUCUGAAUGGGGCUUUGGGUAUCCGUUUCAUCUACACCAGGGAGGGCAGACCAAGUGGAGAAGCAUUUGCUGAACUUGAGUCAGAGGAGGAUGUGAAAUUGGCCCUGAAAAAAGACAGAGAAACAAUGGGACACAGAUACGUUGAAGUUUUCAAGUCAAACAACGUUGAAAUGGAUUGGGUUCUGAAGCAUACUGGUCCCAACAGCCCUGAUACAGCUAAUGAUGGUUUUGUACGUCUUAGAGGACUCCCAUUUGGCUGUAGUAAAGAAGAAAUUGUACAGUUUUUUUCAGGGUUGGAAAUCGUGCCAAAUGGGAUAACAUUGCCGGUGGACUUCCAGGGGAGGAGUACGGGGGAGGCCUUCGUGCAGUUUGCUUCACAGGAAAUAGCUGAAAAGGCUCUAAAGAAACACAAGGAAAGAAUAGGGCACAGGUACAUUGAGAUCUUCAAGAGUAGCCGAGCAGAGGUGCGCACUCACUACGACCCUCCCCGCAAGCUGUUGGCCAUGCAGAGACCUGGUCCGUAUGACAGGCCCGGCCUGACGCGCGGAUACAACAGUCUGGGUAGAGGAAGUAGCUUGGAGAGAAUGAGGCGUGGAGCCUACGGAGGAGGUUAUGGAGGUUAUGAUGACUACAAUGGGUAUAAUGAUGGCUAUGGGUUUGGUUCUGAUAGAUUUGGAAGAGAAUGGACUCUUUUCUCCGCAGGGAUGUCGGACCACAGGUACGGCGACGGAUCGUCCACCUUCCAGAGCACGACUGGCCACUGCGUCCACAUGCGAGGUCUGCCCUACAGAGCCACGGAGAAUGACAUCUACAACUUCUUCUCACCUCUGAACCCUGUAAGAGUACACAUUGAAAUUGGACCAGAUGGCAGAGUAACUGGAGAGGCAGACGUUGAAUUUGCUACUCACGAGGACGCAGUGGCUGCUAUGUCCAAAGACAAAGCAAAUAUGCAACACAGAUACGUAGAACUCUUCCUGAAUUCUACAGCAGGAGGAACUGGUGGUGCCUAUGGCAGUCAGAUGAUGGGAGCAAUGGUCAAGGAGUCGGAAGGGGUAGUCCAGGAUUGGAACACUAGCACAUUGCCAGCACAAGUCUUAAAUGCCUGUUGCUGUUAUGCCUCUAAGACAGAUACCCUCCUGACACCCAGCUGGGCUGGUUUCGGAGAUGAAGGGAGCCAGUCCAGUUACGGUGCUCCAGGCAACCAGCAGCUGAGUGGGGGUUAUGGAGGAGGAUAUGGAGGUCAAAGCAGCAUGAGUGGCUAUGACCCCGGGAGCCAGGGCGCCAUGAACAGCAGCUACUACAGCAGUGGGAACCGCGCAUCCAUGGGAGUGAACGGCAUGGGCGGCAUGUCCAACAUGUCCAACAUGAGUGGUGGCUGGGGAAUGUAACCAAUCGCUGACUUUUGGUCACAUCUUUUUUAAAAAACAAAAAAACAAAAAACUAAGUUUAACAGUUUUGCAAUACGAGCUUGUGAUUUAUGCUUUACUGUAAGUGAAUUCAGGAUUGUUUUAAAGCCUUUCAGGUUCAGUAUUUUUGAACAUACAGAAAUGAACAUUCAUCUAGGAUGUAAUAACCAAGUAAAGACUAUAACUGUUAAACAAUUUGGAGCGUUUCUCAAGUUAGUUUUGUUGUAGGAUUGUAUUUAAGCAGUAAGCGUAUUUAGGUUAAAGCUGUUUGAAUUAUGUUAAAUGUUGCUCUUAUACCAUAUAUUACAUCCAACACUGUUUUGAAUACAUGUUGAAAGAGACAUGCUUUUUUGUAAAGAACCAAUAUAGGAGCUGUGUCUGAAAAUCAAAGUGAACAUUUGGCAUGUUAGUUCUAGUUUAUUUCUUUUAAUAUCCUGUAAGGCAUGUUAAAGCUUUUUUUUUUUUUUUAAGUUAAUGGGGGAAACAUGUUGAGACGCAAUACGGCUACUUUAGGAUUUUGGUCUUGGUGUUCGUAUAAAAUUCUGAGGCCUUGAUUUAAUCUUUCAUUGUAUUGUGAUUUCCUUUUUAGGUGUAUUGCGCUAAGUGAAACUUGUUAAAUAAAUCAUCCUUUUAAAAACUCA